GGACGUUCGCAUCACCGGUGGUUAGGGUCUCGGCAGCGCUUCGGACAUUGGCUCUCACCCCUGACAGUGAACCCACCGCUCGCUCCUGCGACCCCCGCUUUUACUACCAAAGCCGCCACCACGGCAACCACGACGGAUCCCACAAUCAGCAUCAUCGUCAUAACCACUGCAACCGAUCGCAACACUACCACCACCACCACCACCACCACCAGCAACAUCAGCAGUAGUAGCGGCGGCGUCGGCGACCGAGUCACUGCCAAUACUACUACUAUUACUACUACUACUACUACUACAGCUGCUGACACCGUCACUGCCGCCACGCUCAUUAAUAGUUCCUUCUAUCCACACCACCACCACCAUCAUCAUCAUCAACAUCAACACAAUCAUUACCAACAUCAGUACCACGACUACCAUUACCAACAACAGCAGCAACAACAAACACCAAACCUUCACCACCACCACCACCUCAACCACCAUCAACAACAACAAUACCAUCUCCAUAGCAACCAACGUCCCCGACCCCACCAACAUCUCCAAUGUCUUGAUAGUUCCCCCCAAAACCAACGACUCCACAUACAACACGCCACCAACAGUAAUAAUAAUAAUAAUAAUAAUAAUAAUAAUAAUAAUAAUAAUAAUAAUAAUAAUAAUACAACCCCGAUCAUUACUACGUCGAUCAGCGACGACGACAACAACAGUAGCAGGAUUGAUAAUUCAUUGAGUUCAAUUCUUUCCCCCGUGGGACCAACAUUAUCGCUGCCUCUGAGCAAAAUGAAAACAGAGACCGUCAACGUGAACCACCUUUUAAGUGCGGUUGACACCGAAAUGACGGUGGGCAGUGAAAAAGGGGACCCUACCGAGCGCCAGCUGACCGUUACAUUGGAAGAUAAGGAAUUGUGGAUAAAAUUUAAGGAAUUUACCAACGAAAUGAUUGUUACCAAAAAUGGAAGACGUAUGUUCCCCGUCUUCAAGGUGUCCAUAACAGGAUUAGAUCCCAAUGCCAUGUACACUCUGCUGUUGGAUUUUGCCCAAGUGGAUAACCACAGAUGGAAGUACGUAAAUGGUGAAUGGGUAGCCGGAGGAAAAGCAGAACCAGCCGCACCAAAUUCUGUCUACAUCCAUCCAGAUUCGCCAAAUUUCGGUGCACAUUGGAUGCGAGAGCCAACAUCGUUCAGCAAGGUGAAACUUACCAAUAAACUCAACGGAGGCGGACAGAUCAUGUUAAAUUCCCUUCACAAAUACGAACCCAGGUUACACAUCGUCAAAGUCAGUUGUCGUUCGGAUCGAAAGAGCGUGAUGACUUACAGUUUUGUUGAGACUCAGUUUAUUGCUGUCACUGCUUACCAAAAUGAAGAAAUCACAUCACUGAAAAUUAAACACAACCCCUUCGCCAAAGCCUUCUUAGAUGCAAAAGAAAGGCCGGAACAGCGAGAUAUUAUUGAAGAUCCAAACGAAAGCCAACAGCGAAGUCUUUCUCACUGCGGUUACUCGAGAGAUGUCACAUCAAACCUCCCUAUGUUGAAUCUUCCAGAGAACUGGCCCCAUCUUCCAACCAGUGGCCACAGCAUGCUCUCCACUAAUGCUUCUGCCACACAAGGACAGUAUAGUAUGUGGGUUGGAGGCCCAAUGAGCAAUAUUUCUUCCAACCAAAGCUGUGCUAUGCCUUAUCUGCGAACUUCCUCUAAUCCUUACACACUUCCGUCGACAUCUACUUCCGUUCCGAAUGUGCAAACCACGGCUAUGAACACUGUACAACCAUCAUACGAAUCGACUUGUGAUAUGAGUGGAUCAUUUCCUGGCCGCGACACAACAGGCAGAUCAUCGUGGGGUCAUAUGCCGACAUCUUUAUGAAAUUACUGAUUUUCAAUUUGGAAACAACAGACAAAAAAUUGUAAAGAAACACUGAAAAACUAAAUUGGGAGGAUUCCUUCAGUUUCCUUUCCUCUUCUCCCUCUCUCUCUACCUCUCUCUCUCUCUUGCUGCUACCCUCAUCAAUUUAGUCUUGCUUCUUAUCGAUUUACUGUUUCUGCGUUAGUUGAGGUGUUUGUAAACAACUGGUAGCUGUAGUGGGAGAAGGAGUAGUAGUAACAGUAGAAAUAAUAAUAUGUUUCUUUUGAAAGUAAUCUUCGUGGAAAGAGCAAAUCCAUAACUUGUUGGAACUGUUUUUCAUCAGAGAGGGAGCAAGGUUUUACAAUAGAGUUUAUUACUGCUAACAGUUGUGGCAAGGAAACGAAUCGAUACCAUUCGCCAAUUUGAGGCCAAUUCAUUGAUAUUCCGUUUCCUCAGUCUUCAUGUGCGUGUGUGUGUGUGUGUGUGUGUAACCCGGGGAUCCGAGUGUAAGAAGUUUGUAAGUUUCAAGCAGUAAGCGGCUGGUAUAGAGAUCAAAAAGUGGAGAGAAUACGAAAAGAUACAAGAACAAUUUAUUAAUAUCGCGAGUUACACACUUUUUCUCUCAUCGAAGUUGGGAAGAAAUUCGAUAAGCUGAUAAUUCCUAUAAAGCUCACUGUUAGCAACAAAUGCUGCUAAAAAUGCGACUAAAACUCUAAAUGGCGGGAAUGGAGCAGGUUAAGUGUGCGCUACAUAUGUUUCUUAACUAGCUGAAUCUCACGCUGGAAUAGUUAUGCAAUGAACUCUUAACAACUCUGAACAAUUGCAUCAUCAGUUUCAGCUAGUUAAGAAACAUAUGUAGCGUACAUUUUACCUGUUCCACUCCCUCAGUUUGGAUAAAUACAUACAUACACACAUACAUACAUACAUACAUACAUACAUACAUACAUACAUACAUACAUACAUGUAGGCCCAUUGUAUCAUGAUUUAUUUAAACUGAUAAUAAUGGAGUCACAAUCUGCACCGGAUUUCCUUUUUGUUUUUUUUUUCUUUUUUUUUUUCUCUGCUUACAAUCUCUUUACUUCCUUACACCUUAAUUCUUCAAGAAAAAAAAUAAAAACAGCAACAUCCUACGUUGCUUCACGCUUCUUGGUCUCUGUACAAAAAAUCCCGGACUAAAUGUCUUUCAACAUUUAGUUACGUCCCCCAAUAAUUUAUUAACGAUUUUUUUUUUCAAAAGAAUAAAGGAAUUUUUAGAAAGGGGUUCAGAUAUUACAAAUAUUGCAGUCUUUGGUAAUUAAGAAUCUAUUAAUUAUGGAUUAAUAGAAUUAUAGAAUUAUGGAUUAACAAAUGAGCUGGCACCAAAUGAAGCAGCUGAUUUUGAAGUUUCAUUCCUAUCUAAGAUAUAUUGUACAAAUUGCUGGGGAUUCCCCCCACCACUAAAACAAUAAUCGACACUUCUUAUUUGCAAUGUAUUUCUCCAUAUAUUUUGGCAAAAGAACAAAACUCUAACACUACAACCUUACAAUUGCAGAAAAACCUGAUGGAUAGGAACUGGGUGGGGUUUAUGUACAAGGAACGGGUGCUAAAACGAAUGAAAACAACCAUGUUUAGCGGUACGAAGGCGCUAACAAAGAAAAGAAAGCCAAAGACAAUUUGUUGUGCAAGUCAGCCUGGUCGACAUUCUUCUCUUUGAUAUAUUCUAAGAGAAGUCAUCCAAGAGCGUUCUUCUCCAUGAGAUGCCGAGGGAAGUCACGUUGGCAAAUAUCCCCUCCCCCACCCCUACUCCGCAUGAAACACCAACGAAAGUCAUCCUGAAGUAUUUCUUCCUCGUGAUAUAACGACGGAAUAAUUUGAACUCUGAACUGCAAACUUUAGAAGCGCUCAUUUAAUAUUCAGUGUUCACAGUGUACUGCGGUAAAUCUGCAUCGCACCUAAACCUACGUGUGUGUGUGUGUGUGUGUGUGUGUGUGUGUUGGCCAUGGUACCAAACUAUUCGGAUAUUUACCAAAAAUUCUCUGGGAAAAUGUUUUUUUUGUUUGUUUUGUUUUACCGAAUUGAUAUUUAUGAAAUAACUGAAGAAAAUUUAAAAUUGUAAAGAAAAGUAAAAAAAAACAAAAAAAACAAAAACUAAAUAAAAAUAUAAAGGGUUGGGGAAGAAGACUGGAGGAUAGUGUGUAGAAAAUACAUGAGAGAGAAAAGGAGAAAGAGAAAGGGAGAAAGAAACUUCAACAACAACAACAACAACAACAAUAAUUUCAAUAAGAAAUACAUCCACGCCAAAAGCAACGACGACAAAUAAGAACAAUAAAUAAAAGCAAAAAAUGAAAAUAAUAAACAAACUUUGGCCACAAGCGCCGUCAACUAUAGCAAUAGGCGUUGCUACUAUUGCUGCUGCUGCUACUACUACUACUACUACUACUGCAAAUGCUACGAGGAAUGCUGCUACUGGCCUUAUCGGAAAAUCUAAAACGCUCUUGACUGUCACCAUUAAAAACUCAAAACAAAAACAUGGAACAAUUCCGUUGGUUAAAAUGGUGAUUACUGCAAAGACUGAGGUGAUUUCUUUGAUGGAUGCUGAGAAUCCAUGAUCAGAGUUCGAUCUGUGGUUGAAGCAAAUUAUUUCAUUUGCAUAAACCUCUCUCAUACAAUUGACAAAGGUUUCAAUGACAUAUACGAGCUUAUUCUCCUGUUUAUACAUACAUACAUGCAUGCACACACACACACACACACACACACACACACACACACACACAUAUAUAUAUAUAUAUAUAUAUGUGUGUGUGUAUAUAUACACACACAUAUGAAUAUGCAUAUAUACAUAUACGAAUGAAUAUUUUUGUGUGCGUAUAUAUGGCACAGCUUUCCUUUCAAACAUUGUUAUAAUGAAGUCACGACUGUGUUGAUGUAAAAUCUUUUUUUUAUCUAUGCACGGACAUAGGAACUAAUGAUAUAAACUUGUCUAUCGUAAUCUUUCAUAUAUAUAUAUAUAUAUAUAUAUAUAUAUAUAUAUAGUGGCGGACUGGGUCUAAAAAUAUUGGUUGCCACCCGCAACUACAUUGUUAUCAUUUAAUUUUUUUUUCUUAAAAGUAUUCUUUCGAACUGUCUACAAACACAGCCAGGUUGAAAUAAUUAAUGCAUUCUUCCAGGAGUGAAUAAAAAAUUCUCAAACUUGAGGGGAUGGGCCCCUUAGAUACUAACACGGGCCCCCAUAUAUGGAUUCUAAUGGCGCAGGGGCCCACUUGCCAUCGGGCAGGCUGGCAACCUGGCCAGUCUGCCACUGUAUAUAUAUAUGUUUGUGUGUAUGUGUGUGUGUGUGUUGGAAAGUUUACGGCGUCGGGCAGUCCGAGAGAAUUCCUGUCUAGGAUGAAAUGACAUUGUCAUUUCGAGGUAUUAAACUUGCCAAUACUCACUAUAAAAUUGCUACUCUGUAAGUUUAUAUAUUUAUAUGUGUAUGUGUGUGUGUGUGUGUGUGUGUGUGCGUGUGCGUGCGUGUGUGUGUGUCUUGUGCAGGUAUAAGUUAGAGGUGUUUAAAGCCUGUAAGGGAUAGAUAUAUUCAAAAGCACGCCUGGUAAUUACCUCAGUAGGUAUAGUCCUUGGUAAAAGGUAUGCGGUAGCAGGUAAUUUGGCGGGUAAACCGUAGUUUAAUUUAUAUAGACGAUAAGAAAAUGGAGAGAAAAUAACAAUAAGAAGUGUCUCUUUUGCGCUAGGAAACCAUUAUCUAAUUAGUUAAGAAAGGUGAGAGUGAGAGUGAGUUUACGAUUGUUUCUGUGUACCAUGCUGAAGAAAAUAUAUAUAAUGGUUUCCUAGCGCAAAAAACACUUAUUGUUAUUUUUCCUCCAUUUUCUUAUCGACUAUAUCUAU